AUGGCUGCCGUCUCUCCAUCUCCAACCUCCCUGGCACCACCAUCGCUACAUCACGACCACGACCACGACCACGUUGACGGCCACGGCCACAACCACGAGCUUCACCAGCCGCCUCCGUCUCACACAAACACGAGUAAUACCGCCGCCGCGCGUGCGAAUCCCUCGUCCAACGCUACCACUGCCACCACUGCCGCUAGCAAACCACCAAGCUCGUCUAGGACCCAGAAGCCUGCAGGCUUCCUCGCCUACGCUGCCGCUGCCUUUGACAAGACUGUCGCCAACAGAUCGGAACCUACUGCCGUGCGCAUUCGCCAUUCCUCCUCGACCCUUCGUCGCCUGUCGCUUGCGCUCGAAUCUCCCACCACCACCGAGCCCUCGAGCUCCAACCGAUCUUCCAACAUUCGUACCCUCUCGAGCAACUCGACAACGCCGUCGACCCGGGUGCUACCGAGUCCCCUCUCCCAGACGAGGCGGUCGAGCGAGGCGUCGUUGAAGGACAUCAUCUCCAAGCCGUACUCCGAGACAGACGCAAGUCGACCCCCUCCGACCCUCGUUUCCAACGUCAAAAACAAGAUGCAUCAAACAUCUUCGAGGUUGCUCCGUAUGACGGAUGACGACCGUCCUUUCACCCGAGACUUCAAGGACCUCUUCUCGACUCUGAUCGUCAGCCUGCUCCCAUUGUCUCCUCACCGAGUGCGCUUAACGCGAAUUGAACAUACAUUUUUGUCGGAAGAUGCUAUCAACAAUCUUGGCUCCCUCAAAUUCUCGCAAUCGAAUCGUAUGCCCGACCCGAAGGACCCAUCGCGUAUCGUAACUACGACCACGACUACCACCUUUUCUAUGGCCAAGGACAUGGCCAGAUCUAUAUGCCAACGUUUCCUCGAUGCCAGGUUCAUUGAAUCGGCUGAUGGCAAGCUACAACAAGUUUACACAAUGAAGGGCGCGGUGUGGCAGUUGACCCCAAAGGGUGUUUGUGUGCUAGACCGUUUCUGCUCGCGGAAUGGAAUUCAGCAAAGGCAAAUAGCGGAUCUUAUCUCCCUUGGGACUAGCCAUAUGUGUAUUCUGGAAAGAGACCCGGCCUCGGACAAGCUGGUCAUGGACCGCGGCACGAUGGAAGUUCUUUUCAGGAGACUUCUUGGUGCCAACGGUCUUAACGUCAAGUCAAGCGUCAGCUCGGCCGAUUCCGAUUCUUUGAGCGAUUACCGUGAUGGUCUCACCGGUGUAAAGAUGGCUAGCGAGCGCAAAGUUGGCGGCAAGACGUACAAGGACACAUUCACUGGUAAGGCGGUAUCGGAUUGGUUGAUGGACUGCUGUACAACCGUGGACCGCCGCGAGACCUACGAGCUAUCUUCCCUGUUCGUCGAGUACGAAUUGAUGGAAGCGAUCCAGGCAGAUCGGGGAUACAUGGCCUCGUCACCGUCCGCGGCCAUGUUCCAGCCAACCAAGAACGCAAUCUAUCAGUUGACCUCGAGGGGUAAAGAGAUAUUCAGCGGUGGUGGUGUAAGGGGUCGUACGUCGGAGAGUGAGGGCCUAGGAGCAUCCUCGCGUCCUGGUGUGGCACGGGAUUCCAACACCCAACGUCUCGACAAGAUCUUGAACGACGCGGCUUUGCGAUUGCUGUUCCGAGAGAACCUGCGGGAAACCCACUGCGAGGAGAACCUGUCGUUCUACCUGGAUGUGGACGAAUUCGUUCGGGGCUGUCGGGUGGCGAUCAAGCUAGCUCAGAAGAACCCAAAUUCUACAUCGAUGGACGGAAUCAAGGAGAUCAUGGCGCAAGCAUAUGGCAUCUACAACGCCUUCUUAGCCCCAGGAUCACCUUGCGAGCUUAACAUUGACCAUCAACUGCGCAACAACCUUGCUACUCGUAUGACCAAGGCGGUCGGGCAGGAUGUUGCCAUGAUCGAUACCCUGCACGAAGUCACAACCCUCUUCGAAGACGCACAAAACGCCGUGUUCAAAUUGAUGGCCAGUGACUCCGUACCCAAGUUCUUGCGUAACAACAAGUACGAGCACACCCUGAAGAACUAUGACUUCGACGCCAUUGUCGUUGGCGGCGGCGCCGGUCGUAUGCCGGAACGAAGCCAAAGUCGGUCCAACCGCAAGUGA